UUGCGCCCUCUAACCGCCAGCCACGGGGGCGCGCUCGGCUGGGCCCCAGAGGCGGCGCGGGGCCGAGGGGAGGGGGCCGCUCCGGCUGUGGGGGCGGCGCGCGGCGGCCGUGGCGGCCCGGGCUGCAGCUGCGGCGGCGCGCUGGGGGCCCGCGUCUGGGGUGCCCCCGGGUCCGAGCUGCAGCCGCUGUCGGAGCCAUGUACCGCAGCGGCUCCCGCUCCUCCGUCUCUUCGCACCGGCCUAAAGAGAGCGGCGGGGGCGGCCCGCGCACCGGCCGCAGCUCCGGCUCCUCCUCAGGCCCGGCUCGCCGCACCUCUCCGCCGUCCUCCGGCUCCUCCUCGUCGCGGACGCCGGCUCGCCGACCCCGCUCGCCCUCAGGGCACCGCGGCCGCCGGGCCUCGCCGUCCCCGCCGCGGGGCCGCCGCGGCUCCCCGUCCCCGCCCCGCGGCCGCCGGGCCUCACCGUCCCCGCCGCGGGGUCGUCGCGUCUCCCCGUCCCCAUCGCGGACCCGUCGCGGCUCCCCGUCGCCGCCACCGCCGCGAGGCCGACGACUCUUCCCCCCGGGCUCGGCCGGUUUCCGAGGCAGCAGCCGGGGGGAGUCCCGCGCCGACUUCGCCCGGGACGGCCGCGGAGACCAUCCAGGCGACAGUGGCAGCCGGAGACGCUCUCCUAGUCUGCGAUCUGACUCUUCUUUGGAACAGAGCUUAAGGAUCACUGUUGGCAAUGACCACUUCUGUGUUGGCAUACCAGAACGGCGGCGGCUCAGUGAUCGACUGGGGUCACCAGUGGAUAAUCUGGAGGACAUGGACAGGGAUGACCUGACUGAUGAUUCUGUCUUCACUCGAAGCUCUCAAUGCUCUCGAGGUCUUGAACGAUAUAUUUCCCGGGAGGAGGCACCUCUCAGUCCCUUCUUGGGACAACUUGAUGAGGACUACCGAGUGAGGGAAACUUUCCUGCAUCGUUCCGAUUAUAGUCCCCAUAUCACUUGUCAUGAUGAGCUGUUGCGGGGUACAGAACGGACUAGAGACAAACUCAAAGGCUCCUACUCUAUGCGACCUGAGGAAAGGAGCCGGGAGGUCAAACGGGCCCGUUAUGAUGACACAGAGAAGAUACACAGCAUGGGAGGUGAUCACCCAAGUUUUACAUCAGGGACCCGCAACUAUCGACAGCGUAGACGGAGUCCAAGCCCUAGGUUUCUAGACCCUGAGUUUCGAGAGCUGGACCUUGCCAGGCGAAAACGAGAGGAAGAGGAGGAACGAAGUAGGAGCUUAAGUCAGGAUCUGGUGGGAGUUGAUGGUGGUGGCACUAGUUGUCCCAUCCCUGGAUUGUCAGGUGUCCUAACUGCAUCAGAGCAAGGAUAUUCUUUACAUCGGCCUGAGGAAGUGUCUGUGAUGCCCAAGAAGUCAAUUCUGAAGAAGCGGAUUGAGGUGGACAUGGAGCCUUCCAUGCAGCUUGAGAGUUUUUCCAGCAGUACCAGCUCCAACCAGGAUCACCCUCUUUACUCUGGACACUCAUCUCUUCCAAUAAGUGGUGCUAUUGCUGCUUUUGCCUCAGAGGUGGAAAGCAACAAGGGGACUAUGGUAGAGACUACCCUGAAGGAAUCUCAGGGCAACCUCUACCAGUGGGGCCCCCUCCCUGGGAUACCCAAAGACAAUAGUCCCCUCAGAGAGAAGUUUGGAAGUUUUCUGUGCCACAAGGAGAAAUUGGAUAUGAAGGCUGAGGGACCUGAGCGACACACAGACUUCUUGCUUCCUCAUGAGAGAGCUAGCCAGGAUGGCAGUGGUUUUUCCUGCAUUCUGAGCAUGUUGGCGGAUUCUACCAGUACUCAGGAAAAAAGGCGACGUAGUUUCCCUGACAUUGAGGAUGAGGAGAAAUUUCUCUAUGGAGAUGAAGAAGAGGACUUAAAGGCAGAAUCUCCACCAAAACCACUUGGGGGCUCUGAAAGUGAAGUUAUGAGGCAGAAGGCAAGCUCCCUACCCUCUUCAGCUCCAGCUGUAAAGCUGGAAUCAAUAGAAGAGACCGGUCCAGAAUAUGCCAAGAUUCAUGACUUGCUUAAGACUAUAGGGCUGGAUAUUGGGGUAGCAGAGAUUAGUAAACUGGCUGCCCGUACCCAGGAACGACUUCAUGGCAAAAAGCCAUCACGUUCCUCUGCUGACCGCCGUUCCUCAGUUGACCGGCAGUUUUCAGCAGAUCUCUGUUCCUCAGUUGACCGCCGUUUCUCAGCUGAUCGGCAUUCUGCAGAUACUCACAGAUUGGAGAGCGGGGAGGCACACCAUAGUAAUACCCACUCUCCAGAGGUGUCCCAUCCACACCCAGUCUCCCCUGUAGAUCCUUACCUACUCACAAAAAACAGUCCCCCAUUCCUAAAGUCUGACCAUCCAGUGGGUCAUAUUGCAGGACCCGAGGUGGUUGGCAGUGGGUUUCAGUCAUCUGUUGCAGUCAGGUGCCUGUUGCCAUCAGCCCCACCUACCCCAAUUAGACUUCCACACCCUGCUUCUUUAUCUCAGUUUCAUAUGCCAAGGACCUCUCAGUUUGCUGCAGCUCGGAUACCUCCAAAUUACCAGGGACCUGCCAUUCCCCCUGCUUCCUUUGAUGCCUAUAGACACUACAUGGCAUAUGCAGCCUCAAGGUGGCCCAUGUAUCCCACCUCCCAGCCUUCAAACCAUCCUCUCCCUGAACCACACAGGAUAAUGCCCGUUACCAAACAGGCUACCCGUAGCCGUCCCAAUCUCCGCGUGAUCCCCACUGUGACUCCUGAUGAGCCCAAGCAGGAGGAGUCAGUGCUAGGCUCAAUUCCUGCUGCCCAAGUGCCUGUCCAGUUGUCUAUCCCAUCUCUCAUAAGAUAUAAUCCGGAGAAGAUCUCUGAUGAGAAGAACCGUGCUUCCCAGAAGCAGAAGGUUAUUGAAGAGAGGGAAAAGCUAAAGAGUGACCGGGAAGCUCGCCAGAAGAAGAUGUACUAUCUCAGGACUGAGUUGGAGCGGCUUCAUAAACAACAAGGGGAAAUGCUGCGUAAGAAACGAAGGGAGAAGGAUGGUCACAAAGACCCACUCCUGGUGGAGGUGAGUCGGCUUCAGGAUAACAUUAUGAAGGACAUUGCAGAACUUCGACAAGAGGCAGAAGAGGCAGAAAAAAAGCAGUCUGAACUGGACAAAGUGGCUCAGAUCUUGGGAAUUAACAUUUUGGAUAAAUCCCAGAAGUCUUCAAAUGAUAGUAGAGAGCUUAUGGAGAAGUCUGGGAAAGCAGAAAAGUCUAAGAGCCCAGAAAAAGUGUCGUCAUCCUCAAACUCCUCUUCCAAUAGCAAGGAAUCAAAGGUAAACAAUGAGAAUUCCCAUACUAAGAGCCCCAAGCCUGCUGAGAGCCUCCAGCCAGCUGCUAAGCAGUCUGAUCAGCCCAUUGCUGUCUAUGAGUAUUAUGAUGCUGGCAAUCACUGGUGCAAAGACUGCAACACCAUCUGUGGGACCAUGUUUGACUUCUUCACCCAUAUGCACAAUAAGAAGCACACACAGACACUGGAUCCCUACAACAGACCUUGGGCUUCAAAGACCCAGAGUGAGGCCAAGCAAGAUACUGUAAAGCGCACUGACAAGAUAACUGUUCCUGCAAAAGGCUCUGAGUUUCUGGUUCCCAUCACUGGAUAUUACUGCCAGCUCUGUGAGGAAUUUUUGGGGGAUCCAAUUUCCGGAGAACAACAUGUGAAGGGUCAUCAACACAAUGAGAAAUAUAAGAAAUAUGUGGUUGAAAACCCAUUGUAUGAGGAGCGGCGGAAUCUGGAUCGCCAAGCUGGCUUGGCUGUGGUCCUAGAGACGGAACGGCGACGGCAGAGUGAGCUAAAGCGCAAACUCAGUGAGAAGCCAAAGGAAGAGAAAAAGGAAAAAAGGGCAAAGAUCAUGAAAGAAGUAAAGGAAGAUGACAGGGUUUCUGAGGAAUUAGAAGAUCAACUCUCUGAGGGUGGGAACUCCCCUGAAAAGGCUGAAAAUAAAAAGAAGGCUAGCAUCAAACUCCAAUUAAAAGAAGAAGUAAAGAAAGAACCACCACCAUCUUCCUCUUUUGGGAAAUUCAGCUGGAAGAAGCCAGAAAAAGAGGAGGAAAAGAGUUCAGUGGCCCCAAGUAUCCCCAAAGAAGAGAUUGUGGAAAGCAAUAAGGACAAAGAGGAUGGCAAAGCCGAAGCUGGAAAGGCAAAGCCCAUCAAAAUCAAGCUGUCUGGGAAAACUGUUGUUGCACAUACUAGCCCUUGGAUGCCUGUUGUGACAACUUCAACCCAGACUAAGAUUCGACCCAACCUUCCUAUUCCAUCCACAGUUCUCCGCAAAUCAGGGUCAGCCACAGUGAGCAAGCCAGCUCCUCUUAAUACCUUUCUAUCCAUCAAGUCCUCUGGAACCACUGCUAAGCCUCUGCCAGUGGUGAAAGAGUCUUCAGCUGAUCUUCUCUUGCCUCCUGACAUCAUCUCUAAAGCAUUUGGAGGAGAAGAGGUGAUUCUGAAAGGUUCUCCAGAGGAAAAGAUGGUGCUGGCUGAAAAGAAUGAGCCAUCGCAUAUACCUGAACAAAUGCUGCCACCUCCUCCACCACCACCUCCACCACCACCUCCUCCACCUCCAGUUAUACCUCAUCCAGCUGCCCCAUCUCCUGCUCAAGCAAAUGCUCUCUUGGCUCCAGUAAAAUCUAACCCAUCUGUAUCUCACACUCUCAACCCUGGUUUCCUGGGUCCUAACAUUUUGAAUCCAGUGUUGCCAGUAGCCAUCAUGGCCUCAGCACAGCCAGCUACCAUUCCUUCUGAUGAAACAGCUCCUGGGGUGAGUGAGAGUGACCGGGACCAGACCCUAUUCUCUGUAUUAGUGCGUCCUCCACCUCCCCUUUCAAGUGUGUUCAGUGAACAGGCAAAAAAAUUGGAAAAGCGAAAUUCAUGCUUAGCCACAGCCAAUGCUAAGGAUCUGUAUGACAUAUUCUACAGUAGUGGUGGAAAAGGGACUCCUGAGACUAAGCUGAGUAGUGGUCCAUUGGCCAAUGGGGAAAAUAGAACUGAAAGUUCAGACACCUCUUCUACUUCUACUUUGAACAGCAGCGCAUCCCAAGAGGAGUUGCCUCCAAAUAGAAAUUUGGUCUCUGCUCCUUUAGUCAGCAACCCUGAAAAGCCCAUUGCAAAAACUCUGGUGUCCCUAGGGAAAUGGUCAGUUGCAGAAAAUGUAGACUCAAAAAGCAGAGGCAGCACCUAUGGCUUCCUGCAGCCUCUGACAAGGUUGUGCCAAAGCAGGCCUUACGAAACUAUUACCCCAAAGACAGAGAGUUUGGCCAUGUGGACUUCUAGCUCCUUCCAGAGUGAUGCUAAUAGGGAUGUAUCUCCAGAGGGGAAAAUUGAACUUGACCUGGGAGAACCAGGACCACCGGGUGUGGAGCCAGCCCCUCAACUGUCAGAUAUACGCUGUCAUACCAUGGAAUCUCAGAAGUUGGUAGACACCUGCCUUGUGGAAUCUAAUAAUCAGGAUGAGGAAAGUCAAGAACUCCACCAAUCUAAGGAUUGUGGGGAAAGUGGGGUAGAGACAAGCACUGAAUUAAAAGAAAGGGGAAUGAAGCUCUCUGAGAGGACAGUAGGAGAGGGAAUGGAUACCAACGUUGGGCCCAAUAGCAUAGAGGAUUCUAAUUUGAGCCUUGGAAGCAGAUACAUGUGUGAGGGAGAAGCAGAACAGCCCAACUUGCAAAUGACUGACAGAAAGUCUCAACAGUCCAAAAAAUUGAUAACAGGAAGUAAAACUCAAAGUAAAAUGGUGGCUGAAUUGAGUUCACAGGCUCUCUCUUCCACAAAGGCAAAAAUAGACUCGUUUCCAUCAGAAGCUAGGUCUGUACUCCAGAACCCACAAGAUACACCUGUAAAAAUUUCUGCCUCAGAAUUGCUUCUUCAGUCCCCAGCCAGAUCAGAUACAUGUUUGACAGAUAGUGAGCAGGAGCAAGGAGUUUCAACUGGUAAUGAGGAGUGGCUAGAAAAUUCAGUUCCAGAAUCAACUUCCAGAACUUCUAGAUACAGAAGCCUUAGACUCAAGAGAGAAAGAUCAAAAGGCUUUCAGGGUAAAAUGAUCUAUGAACUGGCUGUUUGGGAUGAGAAGAAGAAGAAACCAGAGACCUGGGGGAGCCCAAAGAAACCAAAAGCAGAAGCCUUGGGGUUACGAGAUGUCCAUCCAGGAUUAACAGUGACAAUAGAAGGGAAGGCCUUCGAAAACUUUGAAGUUACAGACUUGAAAGUAGAAGAGUUUGCUUCCCUGGGUAACCUGGGGGAUAUAAGUGUUGAUUUCAGCAGUACUCGGAUUGACCGAGCACAUAGAUCCCCAACUUCCCUGUCUCAGAAAGUGUGUGGAGAAAAUUCUAUGUCACCUAUAGGAAGUAAUCCCUCCACUCUCACUGACUUUGAACCAAUAACAUCCUUUUCUGAGUUUCCAUUAGAUUCUCCCAAAACCCUGGUACUUAACUUUGGAGGAGAGAGUGAACAAAACUCAUCCAAUCCCAGAAGUGGGAGGAUCACUCCAAACAUUUUGAAAACUGGACUUUCUUUAGAAAAUGUUGGCCUUGGUUUGGGGAGCCUAGAGGGAACACACCAGGCCCUUGACCUGUUAGCAGGAGGAAUGAUGCCUGAGGAAAUAGAAACUUCUCAGUUGGAGAAACAAGAUUCACUCAGAUUGGAAUCAGAAACAAUUAAUCCUGCAGGCAUUGGGCCAUCUCCUUGCCUUCCGGAUCUUGUUGACUUUGUCACACGGACAUCUGGAGUUCAAAAAGAGAAGAUUUGUUCUCCUCUCUCUGAGCCAAGCCAGCCUCCUGAGUGUAGUUCCUUGGAGGUGGGACCACUACAGCUAGAAAUACCGAAUGCAUCCAUCACUGAGGUAGCAAUUCCUCAAGUAGAUGAAUAUGGCAACCCUUUGAAUAUGGUAAAAUCCAUGGCUUCAGUGUCCCAUAUGAGAGAGCAGGGAGUGGGAGGCAGUGUGGUCCCUCAGGACGUGGCUGCACAAGAAGCUGCAGUUGAUACCACCCAGGACCACACAGACUCCAGUGUUCACAACUAAGAAUACACAUCCAGAGCUACUUACGGAGGAAUCAAAUUGGCUUCUGGAAAUCAGGUGCCCAGAUGACCCAGGACUAGUUGGCUAUCUCAUCUGGAACCUACAUCAAGAAAUGCUGUCAGCAUCUUACAGUAAAUGUUCAUGGAAGCUAAAAAAUGUACCUCCCUUCCUUUUUUCCUUUCUCCUUAAGAUACCAGACAAAUCAAUCAUAACUUCCCUACAUAUCUGUAAAAAAGUUAUUUUCUGUUAAUUAUUAUUAUUUGCCAAUUUAUAUUCUCCUAUGUCAUUAAAAUCAGAUGUCUAUCUGGCUCACCACAGUGUGCUUUGAUUGUAUUUUGGUUUUGACUCUGCCAUUUCUGGAAUGUGGGGGAGGAGGGAGACAGAGCUGACUUCUCCAAUUGCUGUGUUGUAUUCCCACCCAAUUUCUUGGGCAGCUGAUAGAUCUCUGGGAGAAACACAAGAAAGCCUGCUGAAAUGGAAAACUACUGAUGAAGGAAGGAAUGUUCUCUUAGCCUUCCAUUUGGAUGGGCCUGCCUUAACAUUGUUUGAAAUGCAGCGUGAGUAGCUCUUUUGUUUACUGUUUAUUUACUUGUGGAAUGUCAACUCCCACACUUCCCUCAUUCUGUUGCCUUUGCUUGAGAUGGCCUGCUAAUCCACAAGUCUGUUUGGAAAUGGCCUCAGUAAAUAUGAAGAAAAUCUAGCAGGCUCACUUUUGGAAGACAACAAAUUGGUAAGGCUUAUUGAUGGUUCAGUGCCAGGAGAAGAUACGCUUUUUGGAUCACUUUUAUUUUUGAAAUUGCCUUUGUUCAUUGUAUUGUGAUCCGCUGACACUUCAUGUUAAGUUGUUUAGCAGCCACUUCUGUUCUGAGGAGGUAGAAGAUCUGAAACUUGUUUUGGGAUUGGACUCGUUCUCUGUUCCACACCCAUAUGUAUUCCUUCCUCUACCUCUCCCUUUCCCAAGUUAUUUCCACCAUAGUGUGAUGUUUUGGGUUGUAUAUUUUGUUCAAAAGAUUAAAGAAUUUAUGAGUUGGCUUGGACAAGUUUAACUUUAUUUUUAAUGUGUAAUUACUUGGAAUAAAUGCAUCAAUCUCAUGUUUCUUUCUGGAUUUUUGUUUUAAAACCACACAUAUUUGAACUCCACAGGAUAACUAGAACAGUGUACUUCUGCUGCCAUAUUGUCUAUCCUGCACUCCCAGCCCUUUCCGCAGUUGUUACUGCUACUUCCUUCAUGCCAGAUUGUUAGGUUUAUAGUCGGCCCCAGUGCUGCCUGGAUGGAUAGUGAAUAGGUGACAGUGGUCUAGUUUUGUCAUCUGCCUAUUGCGAAGCUUGGUAUAUACCCUUAUGUUGGCUCUCCCCGUGCGUCUCUGGAACUAAGCUCCCCAAGAACGCUUGUGUUCCUGCUGAGGGUGCUCUUGGGGAUCAGGGAGUAUGGGCCUCAGAUUUUCUAAUUUCUAUCCCAGUUUCCUCUUGAUAUCCAUGUUGUCAGCAAUUUGUCACCUGACUCAACAGAGGCUUCAGAGUCUUAUUUUUCCACUCACUCUUCAAAAA